AUGGCAGAAGUCAAAGAGACCUGGACUUGGCUCAACGUGCUGAUUGUCUUGUUCGCCACGUUCGGCUCGCUCUCGUAUGGCUAUUGCACCACCAUCAUCGCCUCGACCCUUGGACAGCCCCAGUUCCAAGGGUACAUGAAGCUGCUGCCGGGCCAGUCCAACGGGGACAAUGCCUCAGCACUGAUCGGCGCCACCAAUGGGUUGUUCCAGACCGGAGGGUUCUUCGAGGUGCCAUCGCCAUCUCCGGGCUUCAUGGUCAUUGGCGGCGCGAUACAGGCGGCCAGCCAGAAUAUCGCCAUGUUCCUGGUGUUUCGUAUGUUCUCUGGCUUCGGCGUCGGUAUGGCGGUCGGGGCGGUGCCUCUCUACCAAUCCGAGGUUUCUCCUCCUCAUUCUCGUGGCUUCUUGGUCGGCUUGCAUGGCGUCGCAAUCGGGGCUGGCUCUGCUCUCGCAGCCUGGGUCGGCUACGCCUGCUACACGAUGACCGGCAACAUCCAAUGGCGGCUGCCCUUGGCCUUGCAAGUUGUUUUCCCAGCGAUCCUAGGCCUAGGAAUAUACACAGUUCCCGAGUCUCCCAGAUGGCUCCUCCAACGUGACGAUCCAGACAAGGCUCUCGCCGUGCUGAUGAAGAUCCACGCCAACGCACAGGACCCUGACGGCGCAUUCGCCCACCGCGAAUAUAACAUCAUGCGUGAGCAGUUCGCGUUGGAGACGAACGUGAUUGGCAUCGCGGCGUACAAGGAGAUUUUCACCAAAGCUCACAAUCUCAAACGCCUUGCCUUGGGAUUUGGCGUUAUGUUUGGAGGACAGUGUACGGGGACUUUGGUCAUUAACUAUUAUGCUGUUUCUUUGUACUCGAGCAUCGGAUACACCGGGCGUCAGGCAUUUCUCCUCUCCGCCGGCUAUGUGACCGUGUCGAUCUUAGGCAACGCAAUCACUGCGAUACUGGUUGAUCGUGGCGGACGUGUUAAUUUCUUGAUCGUCGGCUUCGCGGGCCUCGUCCUCGUCCUGAUCGGCGAGAUCGCGAUGCUCUCUCUGCCCGCGCACGAGCAAACCUCCGGCACGGCCGCGGGGGCGAUCGUGUUCCUGUUCAUGCACAUCUUCUUCUACGGCAGCUUCAUCGAUGCGACGACGUACAUCUACGUGUCGGAGAUCUUCCCGACGCGGCUGCGCGCCGUCGGCACCAGCCUGUCUAUCAGCGGCCUGUUCCUGGCCAGCCUGAUCUUCACGCAGGCGGCGUCGUCCGCCUUCAAGGCCAUUCACUGGCGCUACUACAUCGUCUUCACCGUCCUCACCGCCAUCUACGUCGUCCUGCUCUGGCUGUUCUUCCCCGAGACCAAAGGUCUCAGCCUGGAGGAGGUCGCCAAGAUCUUUGGGGAUCCCGUCGCCGACGGCACACAUGUUGUGGGCAAGGAUGGUCACUUGUACGGCACUACCUCCAACAGUAAUAAACCUGAGGACGACGUCGAGCAUGAAGAGCAUUCCAUCCCAAACAAGGUUUAA